GUCAGACGCAAGCGGAUGUGUAGCAUAGCCGUCAUUGUGUGGUGGUAGGUUGUGUGCUGUUAUCUUCAGUGCGAAAAUGCCGGAGUUAGCGGUGGAAAACGUGGUCGUCCAUCCCCUGGUGUUGCUCAGCGUGGUUGAUCAUUUUAACAGGAUAGGAAAAGUUGGUAAUCAGAAACGAGUGGUUGGUGUCCUUCUGGGGUCAUGGCAGAAAAAAGUUCUUGACGUCUCAAAUAGUUUUGCAGUGCCAUUUGAUGAGGACGACAGGGAUGACUCUGUGUGGUUCCUGGACCAUGACUACUUGGAGAACAUGUAUGGCAUGUUCAAGAAAGUUAAUGCCAGAGAAAGAAUAGUCGGAUGGUACCACACAGGACCAAAAUUACAUAAGAAUGACAUUGCCAUCAAUGAGCUCAUCAAGCAGUACUGUACUAAUUCGGUGUUAGUCAUUAUAGAUGUGAAGCCCAAAGAUCUUGGUCUACCCACAGAAGCGUACAUCUCUGUGGAGGAAAUACAUGAUGAUGGCACUCCAACAUCCAAGACAUUUGAACAUGUCACCAGUGAGAUUGGAGCCGAGGAAGCAGAGGAGGUGGGAGUGGAGCACCUGCUCAGAGAUAUCAAAGAUACCACAGUGGGCACUCUGUCUCAACGAAUCACAAACCAGGUUCAUGGCUUAAAGGGACUCAACUCAAAGCUGCUGGACAUCCGCUCUUACCUGGAGAGAGUGGCAGCAGGCAAACUUCCCAUCAACCACCAGAUCAUCUACCAGCUGCAGGAUGUCUUCAACCUGCUGCCAGACGUUAAUCUGUUGGAGUUCACAAAAGCCUUCUACCUUAAGACCAACGACCAGAUGUUGGUGGUCUACCUGGCCUCACUCAUACGUUCUGUGGUGGCCCUGCAUAACCUGAUCAACAACAAGAUUUCCAACCGAGACGCCGAGAAGAAGGAAGGACAGGAAAAGGAGGAAGGCAAGAAAGAGAAGAAAGAUGACAAAGAGAAAAAAGAUGAGAAGGACAAAGACAAAGAGAAGGAGAAAGCAGAUGGUGCCAAGAAAGAUGAGAAGAAGAAAAAAUGAGUGUUCUUCCUUUGUCUCUCAGAUCAUGCCGUCUUCAUCUGGAUGGUGCUCUACUUUCUGCCCACAGGCGCAGCUUUGUAUGUGGGUCUCAGGCUAAAAGUAGGGCUCUAUAUGGGGAUUGGUGUCAUUUGAGAUUUGGCCUCAUGGUCACAAGUGGCACUCAUAAAGACUGUUAUUAUCGUACAUAGAUGAUGGUGUUUGCUUCUUUGGUGUUCUGAACUAUGAGAACAUGUUUAUUCUGUUUUUGUAGUUGCCCAUUGCUCCUGGUGUUGUACAACACCUGGUAUUGCUUUUUUGUAAGAUGGGGAAAAAAUGUUUUGUUUCUUUAUCACACAUUAAAUUGGGAUUAUAUUAA